GUCAGACUUGCUACUGCAAGGGAGUGUAGGCAAACCCGCAUAGCAGAAGCAGUCUUCUUUUUUUCUGAACGCGAGCAAGAUGUCGACGGAGCUGGACAACUGGAUAGAAAUUGCAAAAACGUGCAAAUAUCUGCCAGAAAACGAUUUGAAGAAAUUAUGUGACAUCGUUUGCGACCUUUUGCUCGAGGAGUCCAACAUCCAGCCCGUGUCCACUCCAGUUACCGUUUGCGGAGACAUCCAUGGGCAGUUUUACGAUCUGGAGGAGUUGUUUCGGAAGGGCGGGCAGGUCCCCGACACCAACUAUAUCUUCAUGGGUGACUUUGUGGACAGGGGCUACUUCAGUUUAGAAACGUUCACUCGACUGCUCACCCUGAAAGCCAAAUGGCCCGACAGAAUCACCCUGCUGCGGGGAAAUCACGAGUCGAGGCAAAUAACCCAGGUCUACGGUUUCUACGACGAGUGCCAGAAUAAAUAUGGCAACGCCAAUGCUUGGAGGUACUGCUGUGGUGUUUUCGACCUUCUGACUGUGGCCGCUCUUAUCGAUGGUGAAGUUCUGUGUGUGCAUGGAGGACUUUCUCCUGACAUCCAAACCCUAGACCAGAUUAGAACAAUUAACAGGAAUCAGGAGAUACCCCAUAAAGGUGCCUUUUGCGACCUUGUUUGGUCCGACCCUGAAGAGAUCGACACGUGGAAAGUGAGCCCAAGAGGUGCUGGCUGGCUCUUUGGCUCCAUUGUGACUCACGAGUUUAUGCAAAUCAACAACCUUAACCUCAUUUGUAGAGCCCACCAGCUGGUGCAUGAAGGGUACAAAUAUAUGUUUGACGACAAGUUAGUGACUGUCUGGUCGGCGCCCAACUACUGCUACCGGUGCGGCAACAUUGCCUCCAUCCUCUCGUUCUCUUCCAGCACCUGCAGAGAGCCCCAGUUGUUUGAGGCAGUGCCCAGUUCAGAGAGAACUGUACCUGAUAGGACCACCACACCAUAUUUCUUAUGAUUCCUAAGCCUAAAGUUAUCACUAAAUUACAUGUUGCAAGCAUGCAAUGCUUUGUGAUUUUCAUUGACAUUAUUGAAACACACACACCAUACACUCAUCAAUCCAGCGAGUUUUUUUCAUGGUCUCUGUUUAACCGCGGUUCCCGAAUAUAACUGAUACUUGUAAUUAUCAUAUUCCAAUCAAACUUUAUAAGCUUCUUGUGAACUGCAAUAAAUUUUUCAAUUAUUAGUUGA